ACUUCUAGUAGUUCUACUGAUCUUUGUCUCUGCAUUUUUAACCUUUCGGUAAUUUUUUCUCUUGGUCACUCACUACUUCUUUCUCCUGGAACUACUGCUACCAACCUGUGUAGCUUUCCUUCUAGUCAACCCAGAGAGCUUUCAUCAGUUGCAAUGUCGCAGGGUUACGGCGGAGGACCUGGGGGCAAUGAGCCCGAGCAAGAGAGGAAAAUGUUCAUCGGAGGGUUGAGCCGUGACACAACGGAAGAGAGUAUGAGGCAAUUUUAUUCCGGAUUUGGACCGAUAGCUGAUUUAUUCAUUUCGCGAGAUCCCCAAACUCAAAUGUCCAAGUGCUUCGGAUUUGUCACGUUUGAACAUUCAACAUGCGUGGAUGAAGCUCUUUCCAAGCUACCACAUGUCUUGGAUGGCAAGCGGGUCGAUGCAAAAGUUGCAAAACCCAAGGAUCAGAUGGGUGGUGGCGGCGGCGGCGGCGGUGGUGGUCGCGGCUACGGUGGCGGAUCAAAUGGCGGCAGCGAAGAUGUCUCAACAAAAAAAUGUUUUGUUGGUGGUAUUCCCCUCCAUGUAGAGGGUGCCCAACUCAGAGAAAUCAUGUCCGAACAUGGACCAGUUGAAGACGUGGAGAUGAUGUUGGACCGGGAGACUAACAGAUCGCGAGGAUUUGCUUUUGUUUCCUUCUGUGAUCUGGAAACCGUCGAUAAACUAUGUUCGCAGCAGUAUGUUGAUGUUCUUGGCAAGAAAGUGGAGGUGAAACGAGCUCUUCCCCGUGGUGGUACAGGAGGUGGCGGCCGUGGAGGUUUCCGUGGCGGCGGCAGAGGUGGCGGUGAUCGCGGUGGCUUCAGAGGACGCGGACGCGGAUUUGGAGGGCGCGGCGGUGGCCGUGGUGGUUUUGGCGGAGGCGGCUACAAUAACAGCUACGGUGGUGGACGUGGUGGCGGCAAUGGUGGCCGAGACAACUACUCAGGAGGGGCCUACGGCGGUGCUGGUGGUUAUGGUGGCUCCUAUGGACAGGGAGGCUAUGGUAGCUAUGGUGGUUCCACAGCAUACCCAUCUGCGUAUGGUGCCCAAGCCGGCCAGCAGAGUCAAUAUGGACAACAAAGCUAUGGAGCCGGUGGGUCUGCUGCCUACGGUGCAGCCGGUUAUGGCAGUGGUUAUGGUGCCAACGCAGCCUAUGCCGGUACUGGAGCCCAGCAGGCCGGCUAUGCUGGGCAAUCCGGAUAUGGCGCUGCAGCCGCUGCUGCCGCUGCUUCGUCUGCUGCAUACGGUCAGGCGGCAGGUGCUUCGGGCUAUGGUGGCUCUGCUGCAGGGUACGCUGCACCAGCUGAUGCGACAAGUGCUGCAACAUAUGGAGCAAGCUUCGGUGGUAGCUAUCAGCAGCAGCCAACGAACUACAGUGCGCAGCGUCCAACUGGCGCUUAUGGAGGCAGUGGCCACUCGUUCACACCCUACUAGGCCAUGCUGCGUUGACUACCGGCUAUUUGGAGGAUAAUCACUAGCCCUAAGGUCUAUUAGGAUCGGAAGAGUGAUGAUGAUGAUGAUGAGAUUGGCUAGACUACUGUAUCAGGGUCGAUAAGCAGUCAUAGUCGCGGUUUCCUCUCUAGAUCGGCCGUGAGCAUGUGUAUGCUGCCGCCACAUCAAAAUGAUCAUGUGUGCGUGUGUACAUUCACGCUGCAGUGCAAUCGGGUGGGUAGCAGUCACUGGCACUGGUCACAGUUUGGUAUCAUUGUUGAAAUCUAUGUGACUCAAAAAACCCAGGUUGUUGUGAUGCCAUGUGUGCAUGCUGUGCUUCAUUUUCAAUUUUUCACUGCACGUUCAUAUUCCUAAACUGACCUUGUGUGUGUGGGUUCAGUGUUUGUUUUAGGCGUUGCUUUGCUUUUUUCGGUCCUGGGUACUCUUUCUCAACUCAGCUCAUUUCUGUACUCACUUGUAGUGUUUGGAUCUCUGCCAAUAGGAUACCCCCCUCUAAACUUAUUCUGCUUGGUUUGGUUUGGGGCAGUGUUGGGUGAGGGUCUUGCGUACGUGCAGUGUAGGUAUUGUUUGCACUUACAUGUAUGCUUGGAUCACGUGAAAUGCCAUGCGUACCUUA